ACUGGCGAACGGAGGUGGACGACUCGGAAAAUUCACAUCAGCAAUGUUCCGAGUCCUCUCAACCUCUUCCCCGUUCGUCGGCGUAAUUUUCUUUUUCAUAUUCGCUUAUUACAUGUUGCUUUACCCCUAUUGCACUACUUAUUUUUUUUGCUCAGGUCAAACAGUGGAGUUUAACCAUUAAACAAAAACAAACUCUUAAUAACUGGAAACAAUGUUUUAAACAGGCAUUUCAUGUUUUAUUUAUCUCCAGGUCGUAUUUUCGACACUACUUGAAUACAGAGGUCCCGACGCAUCUACGUCACGAUGUGAAGGGAGAGUAAUCUAGUUUUACCCAAACUACUGUGACUUCACGUAACCCUAACCCUAAAACUUUUAACAGUACUUUUGGUAAAACAAGAUUACCUCCCUUCAUAUCAUUACGUAGAUGCAUCGGGGCUUCUGUAUUUAAGUAGUUCCGUAUUGUAUUUUCCCAUGUAGUCAAGUGGUUAGGAUUCCUGGCUUUCACCCAGGGUUCGAUUUCUGGCAUGGGAACGUAAGUUUCUGGAUUAACAGAUGACAUUGGCAUAAAAGAACUUUUUUCACAGAGGAUAUAUCUUCUAAUUUUAUCAUCUUUUAAAGAUUAAGGAGAAUGAUAUACAGAAGAGAUACAAUCCUUUUAUGAUAAAUCUAUGACAGGAUCACUGGGAAAUACUUGCUCUCAACUGAGAUUAUCAGCAGCAUUUUCUAUUUCUCAUCUGGUUUCUUUGAAUUCUAAUUAAACUUGGAUGAAUUCUCAGGAUAUUUAGAUUUCAGUGAAGGUUACAGUUAAUAGCAGUGGAAAUAUUUGUAAGGAAUGAACUGUUACUAAAAGAAGAAAACUGAAACUAAAUUUAAUAGUGGAAAAAUUUAAGGAUUCGAUCUAUUUUUAUCCCUUGAUGAGAUGCCGAAAGCCAAACGAAAAUCCUCAUAUCAUUGUGAUGUAUGUGGUAAAAUAUUCUCUGGAAAAAAUGUCUUGACUAAACACCAACUGAUUCAUACAGGAGAAAAGCCAUUUCACUGUAAUAUCUGUGGUAAAUCAUUCAGUACAAGUAGUCAAGUAAAUAUUCAUGAACGUAUUCAUACAGGAGAGAAACCAUUUCACUGUGAUGUCUGUGGAAAAUCAUUCUCUCAAAAUGGUAUCUUAACUAGACACAAGCGUAUUCAUACAGGAGAGAAACCAUAUCCCUGUGACACCUGUGGUAAAUCCUUCUCUCAUAGUAAUGUCUUAAUUAAUCACAAGCGUAUUCACACAGGGGAGAAGCCAUAUUGCUGUGGUGUCUGUGGUAAAUCAUUCUCACAGAAUAGUACAUUAAUGAAACAUGAACGUAUUCAUACAGGAGAGAAGCCAUAUAACUGUGAUAUCUGUGGUAAAUCAUUUGCUUUAAAUGGUAGUUUGACUACUCAUAAACGAGUUCAUACUGGGGAGAAGCCAUUUCACUGUGAUAUCUGUGGUAAAUUAUGUUCAACUGCAAGUCAACUAAGUUUUCAUAAACGUAUUCAUACAGGAGAGAAACCAUAUCGCUGUGAAAUCUGUGGUAAAUCAUUCUAUCAAAAUUCUUUAUUAACUUUACACAGACGUGUUCAUACAGGAGAGAAACCAUUUCAUUGUGAUGUCUGUGGUAAAUCAUUCUCUGUAUGUAAUGCCUUAACUACUCACAAGCGUAUUCAUACAGGAGAGAAGCCAUAUCACUGUGAUAUCUGUGGUAAAUCAUUCUCUAACUGUAAUAUCUUAAUUAUUCACAAACGUGUUCAUACGGGGAAGAAGCCAUAUCACUGUGAUAUCUGUGGAAACUAUUUUUCACAAAAUAGCACCUUAACUAAACACAAACGUAUACAUACAGGUGAGAAACCAUUUGAGUGUCAAGUUUGUGGCAAAUCAUUCUCUCGAAUGGAUCAUUUAACUAAACACAAACGUAUCCAUACAGGAGAGAAACCAUGCCACUGUGAUGUCUGCGGUAUGUCAUUUUCUACCGAUGGUAAUUUAAUUAGUCACAAGCGUAUUCAUACAGGGGAGAAGCCAUAUCAUUGUGAUAUCUGCAGUAAAUCAUUCUCUGUAGGUUAUGCCUUAACCACUCACAAGCGUAUUCAUACAGGGGAGAAGCCAUACCACUGUGAUAUCUGUGGUAAAUCAUUCGCUGUUUGUAAUGCCUUAACUACUCACAAACGUAUUCAUACAGGUGAGAAACCGUUUCCCUGUGAUAUCUGUGGUAAAUCUUUUUCUUUGAGUAGUUCCUUAAAUACUCACAAACGUGUUCAUACAGGGAAGAAGCCAUAUCAUUGUGAUAUCUGUGGUAAAUCAUUCUCUCAAAGUAGUAUCUUAAGUAGACACAGACGUAUCCAUACGGGAGAGAAACCAUUUCACUGUAAUAUGUGUGGUAAAUCAUUUGCUCAGAAAUGCAACUUAACUUCACAUAUAUCUAUCCAUACAAAUGACUGACUGUAACAUAGUCAAAAUUUAUUACAUCUUAACAAUAACCAACAUUUUAAAACCAUUUCCCAUAAUAAAUCAGGGAAGAAAUACGAAUUUAUAUAUAAAUACAAUUGUUGCCAAAAGAAAGACAAGUGGUUUUACAAAUGUGAGCGCUCAGUAUCUAAUUUGAGUGCAAGAAGACAUGGAAAUGUAAAGAAAAUGAAAGGAGUGAUAAAAGGGAAACUGAACGAAAUGGUACAUGCAGACAACUAUUAUAUCAUUCAGAAUUUCUGCUCUUAAUCAAUCGCAGUCCACCUUGAAGUUUAACAUGUAUGCCAAUCUUCAACCAUUAACCUAAGCAUUAUAAUCCAACAUGGAUAAAUACUUCUCAAGAGAAGUUGGAAAAUUCUUUUUAUAGACUCCUCCAUCCUCACUAAAAAAAAGAAAAAGUAAAAGACUUGUGGAACUUUGUAUGUCUUAUGAACUUAUACUUACAGAGACAUUCUUUCAGCAUUUAUUCUGCAGAAUCAACUUGCCAGCUAUUGCUAGAAUUCAUUUACAGCUGAGAGGACUGGAGUAAUGCGAAAUUGAAUGUUUUGCUCAAGAAUACAACGCACCGUCCGGUUUAUGAAUAGAAAUCAUGAUUGCAAGAUCGUGAGUGCUGUAACCUAACCACUAAGUCAUGCACCUUCACAAAGACAUCUAUAUCUCAUUCUAAGAAUAGUGUUGCAGAUUUGAAACCAACCCGCUGGACAACUGAGUAGAUAUCAUGGCUAAGACACAGCAGUUUCACAUGAUCGGCCAAUUAACCAAUCAAUCAGCAUCAACCCAUCGUGUGACGUAACUUUGACUUCGUGCCUUAUAUAAAGUCGCUUUUAGUACCAAAACUAUUUGCAGAGUGCUGAGACUGGUCAAUUUCUUUACACAUCUCACCUUUUCCCAUAGAAUCAUGAGACUACCACUCGACAUCUGCAUUCUCAUUGCAUCACCAGCUGUUGGCAGAUAGAAGGCACAGGUUUUUUCAUCAGGAUAUAGUGUGAUUAUUUCCCAGUUAUGAUGGGCAGCCACAGUUUGCUAUAUAGCAGUGAAAUUGUCAUAGCCCUUAGUAGUACGUCUCUCUGGUGUGUAAUUGUCGCUGUUAUUUUACAUCAAAAGACCAACACAGAAAACACCAUAUGCAGUAAAUAAAGUUACCGUUAAUUGCU